GUUGACAGUGAAUCAUAUCCGAAACAAGUCGAACGCAAAGAACAAACGAAAUGCGUGUCUGGCAUGCGUGGAUGUGUGCUGCCUUGGCGUCGGUCGCGGCGGCGGCGCCUGACGUGGCGUUCCACAAAGCAUGUGCCUCGAACGAUGUGAAGACAGUGGUUUCCAUCUUGAAAGUGGCGCCCGACGUUUUGAACGAGAUUGGCCCUGAGGGCGGACAGACCUGCUUGAUGCGCGCUGUACUGUUUGGGGCAAAGGGGGUCGUGACCUACUUGCUCUCGAGCACGAAUGUGGACGUGACUAUUGGAGAAAAGGACGGGUACACUCCACUGCAUGGAGCAGGGUUCCAAGGACGUGCUGAGAUCGCCAAGAUACUCAUCGCACACGGACUCGAUCCCCUCCAUCAGCAUGAAGACGGAUACGCACCCAUUCAUCGAGCGGCAUGGGGCGGUGAGAGGCGACACACGGAAACCGUGUACGCGUUCUUGAAAGCUGGGGUGCCGGCAGAUCUCAAGGCGGGCGAUGGCCGCACUGCUCUCGAAAUGACGCAUAGUCCAGCGACGGUGCGAGUGUUGACGGAACAUGGCGCGAGCGGGGGAGGCCUGUAGAGUAGUCGUGUUCCAUGUAGAACACCCCUUCAAUUGUAUCUCCUCAACGAAACGUGUCAAUGGAAGUCUCAACGACGUGUUGCUGGACGCUUGACGGGUGCAGCAUGAUGACGGAGUUGGGUAGACCUUGACACAGGAGUCCCGGGUUGCAUAAAC